UUCUGGAGAUGCUUGAUCCCUCUGAGGUGUUUGCAUGUGAAAGUGGAGCAAUGUUUCUGCACCAGGAGGAGAACUUCUUCCUUGCUGUUGGUCACACGACUCGUUUCCCCAUCAAGCUGGAGUCCAGGAGUCCUUUCAUGUUACUGGUGUCCUGGAUGGUGCACAGUCCAACCGUUCGCCAUCCUCACAAUGUGACCCUUUUCCACAAUGAGAUCGGAUCCUAUCAUCCCUACAUGGAGGACAUCACCUCUAAGAACCAGUACCGCUUCACCGCCUUAGACCCAUGCAACAGCUACAUGGUCUGUGUGGAGAUUUCAAACUCUCACUCCUUCACAUGCCUCUCUACUAUUACAGACCCAGAUGUUCCGAAGUAUUUUGAUGUGACGUCAUGGAACAGCAGCAGCAUAUCGUUGGCGUGGGACUGCCCUGAAAACCUGAAGUACUCGUCCUUCUUCCUCACCAUCUUCUACCUUAACGGUACGGACCAUGUCACUGAGGAGGCGGAGCUGUGGCUGACGGAUGACAGCUUCACGUUCACCAUGUCUGAGCUGCAGCCCUGCGUCAGGCUCAGGUUUGGCCUGCAGACUGUCUGCCAGGCAGGGUUGGAGUCCCGCUACAGCAGGAUGGUGGAGAACGAAGGAAACUCUGACUUCUCCAGGAUUUAUUGGUUGCGUCAGACCUCGACUGGCUCCAGAAACUACACCCUGAGCUGGGAGGUGAGGAACACCUCCUCCAUCUCCAUGUUUAGGGUUUACCAUCAGGGGGCGCUGCAGGACACCACUCUUCUGACCACACACACCGUGGCAGGGCUGCUGCCAUGCCAGACGUACCAAGCCAAGGUGGCGGCGGUGUGCGGCGACAACGUCCUCAUGAGUGUUGGAACAGUCGUGGCGCGCACAGGACCUGGGGGGGUGUCUGAGCUCAGGUACCGCUCCAGUGAUUCUACGGCCCUGUGGGCGCCCAGCAUCUCCGGACAGCAGGAUGUGGUUUACCUUUACCAGCUCUCCCUGGAGAGCGGCUCUGCCGUGGAGAGCAGCAGGGUUUCCGACUCAGAGCUGCCUCUUCCAGGGCUGGAGGCGGGGAAACCCUACAUCCUGGACGUGUGGGAGGAGUGCCACGGUCUGUGGGAGUCAGAACCUUCUCGUUUGUAUUUCAAAGGAGCCAAUCUGACUUCUGGCGUCGACGUGAGGGGUGUUGUACCCCUUCAGACCAAUGAUAAAGGGCUUUUCAGCCAGUGUCUGGAUAAGGUGAUGACGGGUGGAAUAGCAAAGGCCUACCUGGCUUCUCUUUUUGGGGGAAAGUUUGAGGUGAAACUGAACGACGGCCGAUGUCCUGUGAAUGAAACGGACAUCCUGUACUACUUCAAAACCUCACGAAACCCACUCGAGUGUGGAAUAGAGAAACAGGUGAACAAAACUCACAUCGUUCUCCAGAACUUCCUGAGCAUCAGUCUGACUAAAGAGCACACGAUCAGCCGGCGGGAUCUCAAAGUUGUCUGGAAGUGCAUCUACCCUCGACAUUAUCUCCAAAACGCUCAAGUUGGUGCUGAUAUGGAAUGGCUGUCCUCUCUGUCCUUUGUGGAGUUUAACUCCUCAGUGCAGCUGGGAUUGAGCAUGCACUUGUUUAAGGAUUCCUCCUACACCCAGGCUUACAUGGAGCCUGUUGAGCUGGGACAUGAGGACACCUUGUUCUUCCAGGUCGCCCUUCAGGCCAACAGGUCGUUUGCCUCAGAGGUCUUGCUGCGGACGGAGUCUUGCUGGGCCACAGAGAGCCCAGACCCACAGGAUGCGGUCCAGGCAUCUUUUCUUGAAGAUGGUUGUCCCACUGACGACACGUUCCAGUGGCUCUCUGUUAACGGCCUGCAGCAGAGCAGCAGGUUUUCCAUCCAGAUGUUCCACAUGCCCAAAGGCCUGCCGCUCUACUUCCACUGUCUGACCAACAUUUGUGGGCAAACUGAAGGCUGCACGAAGAGCUGUGCCGGCCAGCAGCGUCUAAAAAGGUCAGCGGUUGGAACGGACCGACUGGAGAACCAAGCUGCUGUUGUGUCUGCUGGGCCACUAAGAGUCAACAUGAGGAUGAAGUCCAUCCAUCCGUCUGGCCGGGGAGAACAAAUGAGCGCGGUUGUUAUCAUUGCUGCAUCAAUAAGCUUCUUGGGAAUCUCUAUCCUCUCUCUGAGCGCAAUCAAAGCAGUCAUGGUGUAUUACGAGAAGCUACGGCUGCAAUAAACACUUUGAGACCCCCUCAGAA